AUACCGCAGGAAAAAUUACGUGUAAUAUCGGAGCGUACUUCAACGGAGCACGGUUGGAAUUGAUGACAUGGCAACAGUGCUGGAUUCGUUUCGACGUGGCGAAUUGUAAGAGGGAUGCGCGACGUGGAGUGUGUGGGUCAGAUUCCGAAUGCUCCCCCAACAGGCUGGAUGAAUUCUUGAACCGAAAUUACUGUGAGUGAUUUCACCUGCCCUUUUUUAGGGGCGGUCUGCCUGCCCUGCACCGGGGGCUGCUUGCUUUUCAGCCCACUCAACUGUUUUUCGAUUGGUCAUUUGUGCGCUUUGGUCCGCACCGCACAAGGCACGCUUCACAUUCCAACGAGGCGCAGAAACAUUCUUCCGAGGUUGUGGAGAGAAUCGCAUUUUCUUUCGCAAACGUCGCCAGCGCAGCCAAACCGACCAUUGUGGACCAGCCCUUGCCGAGCGCUAGGGAGUUCCAUUUCGCGAACAUCAUGCCCUGCGGAACUCGCUGCGUCGUAGACUUGCUGGAGUCCCUCGCCAGCCUCAAGUCUUCUCGUUCGAACGCGUGCGACAUUUGGCUUCCAUUCCCUCUCCCUCCCUACAUGCAAUUUGCCCCCCAUGCCCAUGUGUUCAGUACAAGGCGCAAAUUCCGUGCCUCCCUCCCCCAAUCUUAUUCCGCCCCUUCUCGUCCACAUGCACUCUCCCUUUCUGUACCAUCCACAUCUUCGGAUUGGGCAUGGGGCAUCCUUUCUCCCCCUCCACUAGUUACGGUAUGGGAUUGGACACCGUCCAGCCAACGGGGGACAGCUCCACUACAGUAGUCUGGAUUUGGGUUAGUGCUGCUCUUGGAAGGGAUAAACCUGACCAGUCCCCUGGGAGCUUUGCUGAACCUUCUCGCUUCACCUCGUUUGCUCCAAAUUUAUAUUUUUCCAAGCAGCGACGAGAGGGUGUGGAGUAGGUUCCGCCAUUCUUCCAGCCUCCCACAGUGCUCCGCUUCCUUCCUCCAGGAUCCCCUAAAAGCGGAGCCUUGAAAGCUUGUCGGAUCGUUCUCCCCCUGCGAGAACUGACCUGCGUCGUUGGUUCGAGACGCCUCAAAACACGACCCGCGUCGGGACCUCUGUAUUGGCUUGCGGCUGUCCCCAUAAGUCGUCGCCAUGGCGACUCAACCCGGGCCGCUGUACGAGUUCCCGUGGCACUCACUCGGCGGAUACAAGUAUCUCGUGCUGGCGCCACUGGUCGCUCGUGCCAUCGACGCGAAUUUCCACGGGGGAAAGGACCCGGACAACUUCAGCCUGCACCUGCUGAUCGCGUCGGCGCUGCGGCUGCUGGUGGGCAUGGCGUGGAUGACCGUGUCACGCUGGCCGCACCUCGUGCCGCGCUACAAGAUCCAGCGCAAGGGAGUCACGUUCAAGCAGAUGGACCGAGAGGAGAACUGGGACGACUACAUCAUCCUCAACGCCCUGCUCGGUUUCAUCUUCCACGAGUGGGUGCCACACUUCCAGAACCUGGGGCCGUGCACGGCGUCGGGGCUGCUCAUCACGGCGCUGAUUCACAUCGGCCCCGCGGAGUUCCUCUACUACUGGCUGCACCGCGCGCUGCACCACCACUCGCUCUACGCCAAGUACCACAGCCACCACCACGCGUCCUUUCUUACUGAGCCCGUCACCGCCACGGUCCACCCGUUCAUGGAGCAUCUCAUGUAUGCAGCUGUGUUCGUCGUGCCCUUCUACGCCACGUGCCUCAUGGGGUGCGCGUCCGUGGCGGGCGUGUACGCGUACAUGCUGGCGUUCGACGUGCUCAACUUCAUGGGCCACUGCAACUUCGAGUUCUUCCCCGUCUCGCUCUUCCGCGCGCUCCCCUUCCUCAAAUACCUCAUUUACACGCCCUCCUUCCACUCGCUGCACCACACGCAGGUGCAUACCAACUUCUCGCUCUUCAUGCCCAUCUAUGACUACCUCGGUGGCACGUGGGACCCCAACUCCGACGCCCUUCACGAGGCCUCCCGGACACCCAAAAAGGAGCAGGUGGAGUUCGUCUUCCUGGCGCACGGCAUGACAAUCCCCUCCGUGCUGCACAUGCCCUUCUUCCUGCCCUACUUCGCCUCCAAGCCCUUCGCCAUCACGGCCCAGCAGAUCCUCCUCCUCCCCGUCUCUGUCACGCUCUGCCUGCUCUACUGGGCCUUCGCUGCUGCCUUCCCGCGCUCCUACACCUAUCUCAGAGGGAAGAGGCUCGAGUCGUGGGGCAUUCCCCGGCUUGGAUUCCACUACUUCCUGUGGUUCGAGCAGAAGCAGAUCAACCGCCUGAUAGAGGGGGCGAUUCUUAAAGCGGACAAGCAGGGGGUGAAGGUGUUUACACUGGGAGCUCUUAACAAGAACGAGGCGCUCAACGGGGGCGGAACGGCGUUUCUGAAGCACCAUCCGGACCUGAGGCUACGGCUGGUGCACGGCAAUACGCUCACAGCUGCCGUCAUCCUGCAGGAGAUCUCCCCCGACGCCAAGGAGGUGUUUCUGGCCGGGGCCACGUCGAAGCUGGGCCGCGCCAUCGCUAUUUAUCUCGCCUCCAAGGGUACCAGAGUGCUGAUGCUGACCACUUCCAAAGAGCGGUUCGAAGCCAUCCGCUCAGAAGCCCCAGAAGAGAAGCAGCACCUGCUGGUGCAAGUGACGGACUGCAAGCACGCCGCCCACUGCCGGGAGUGGAUCGUGGGCAAGUGGCUGACGGCCAAGCAGCAGAGCCACGCGCCCAAGGGCACCUACUUCCACCAGUUCGUGGUGCCGCCCCUGGACGAGGUCCGAGGCGACUGUGUGUACGGGAAGCUGGCAGCCAUGCGGUUGCCCAAGGACAUCGAGGGACUCAACACGUGUGAGCUCCAACUGCAGCGGGGAGUGGUGCAUGCAUGUCAUGCGGGGGGGCUUGUGCACAUGCUGGAGGGGUGGGAGCACCAUGAGGUGGGAGCCAUAGAUGUGGCCCGCAUCGACAUCACAUGGCAAGCCGCCAUGCGCCAAGGGUUCUCACGGGUAUAGGCACGAUCAGCGUAGCAUUUGAUGAUACGAGCCUUUAUGGGUACUUCUGCUUGUCCUUGGAUUUUGAGUUGCUGUGUCACAAGCACAUGGACGGGACAUGGAGUUGGUUAGGACAUUAAUAUACUUUCCUAAUUGUUUGUGGAACAAUUGACGGUACACAAUCAAACUUCAUACAAGAA